GUUGAUGACUUAGCGCUGUUUCUGCUCAAAUUAAUCCGCAAAAACGUUGUUUGAAAAACCAAGACCGUGGAGUGUACACCAUUAACAUAACCACGUGACUUCAUAUCAAUCAUUAUAAAAUGUCGCCUUCACUCAUUGCCAGCUUCUUUGCACUAUUUCUAGGAUGUGGUGCCGCAAAGACUGAUUUCCGUUGUCCGGAAGAGUUUGGAUACUACGCUCACCCUACCGAGUGCAGUAACUAUUAUGUGUGUGUAUUUGGUGGACCCCUUUUAGAGAGUUGUACAGGAGGAUUAGUGUACAGCCAUGAUCUUCAAACCUGUGAUUGGCCCAGGAAUGUUGCUUGUAACUCCAACAGAAACUCGGUUCUCGACGAAUCCAUCGGGAUCGCUCUCGACUCUCAAAAGGAUGAAAAGUCGAAGAGUAACCGUACACCUCGUAAACAAAACAAUAACAAGCAAGAACAGGUUUUUAACCUACCCAAACCUAUCUCAAGGGAGACCGAAGGUGUUGGAGUAGAUGACGAGGAGGAAGAAGAAUUGUUAAGUCUCUCUCCUCAACCUAGUAUUGUUAGUACAGUUACACACGGAGCUAACAAUAGGAAUACAUUGAAAACUUCUCAGGAUAUGGAAGAGGAAGAGGAAAAGGAAGAGAAGGAGAUCGAGAGAAGAAUAGAAACUAUCCAAGAAGAAAUUCUUCGACAAACAAACUUUGGAGAUGUACUCUUCGGAUCCAGGACUCCAGCCAAGGAACCUCUACCCGGAGACCCUCCAGUAAACUCUAGUAGUUUAGAGAAAUCCCUGCUAGCUGGAUACCCCGGAGUUCCAACCGUCCUAGAUGAUUCUCAGGAUACGGAUCCUAUUGAUAGCUUCUAUUACGUGAACUGGGAGGAUCCUAUCUACGAUCAGUUCGACGACUACGGGGAGAGGCUGGACAAGGGUGAGGAGGCUGCAGGGGAGGAUGGAGAGGAGGAUAAAGGUGGACCUCAGGCUGGAUCGGUCUGGAUUGAUCACGAGAUCCCUCAAAGACCCAGUAAAACCCAUCCUCAAGGUCCGGAACCAGAAUCAUCGGCGUUACCAUGCAACGAACAGAGAUGCACUUUGCCAGACUGCAGGUGUGGAGGAUCGGAUAUACCGGGGAAUCUAUCAGUCAGGGAUACGCCUCAACUAGUUAUCCUGACAUUUGAUGAUUCGGUGAAUGAUCUGAACAAACAGCUCUACCAGGAUAUAUUCCACACUAGCAGGAAAAAUCCUAAUGGUUGCCCAAUCUCUGCAACCUUCUACGUGUCCCACGAAUGGACGGACUAUGGUCUGGUCCAGUCCUUGUACUCGGACGGACACGAGAUAGCUUCUCACAGUAUCUCCCACAGCUUUGGGGAGCAGUUCUCCAGGACUAAGUGGUUGAAGGAGAUGGCAGGACAGAGGGAGAUACUCUCAGGGUUUGCUGGAAUAAAGCUAGAGGAUGUUCGAGGGAUUCGAGCCCCAUUCCUUGCUAUAGGAGGGAACAAUAUGUUCUCAAUGCUGUAUGAUGCCAACUUUACAUAUGAUUCAAGUAUGCCAAUUUAUGAGAACAGACCUCCGUCCUAUCCCUACACCCUGGAUUACAAGAUAUCUCAUGAUUGUAUGAUACCACCUUGUCCUAACAAGGCAUAUCCAGGAGUAUGGGAGAUUCCACUUGUCAUGUGGAAUGAUCUAAAGGACAAUCCAGACACUACACUUACACCUCAAGUUUUUGUAGAACCCCCGGUAACAAUGUCCAAUUGUUUACCAAAGGUUCUACGCGUGUACUACAUGAUUAUGAAAAACUUCCAACGGCACUACAGUACAAAUAGAUCACCAUUUGGCCUAUCCUACCAUCCAGCCUGGUUUACUACUCCUCAUCAUAAAGAAGGGUUUGAUCUAUUCUUGGAUACAAUAAUAUCUAUGGAAGAUGUCUGGGUGGUGACAGCAUGGCAGGCGAUACAGUGGAUGAGAGAUCCUACACCGAUACAGAACAUUGAUACAUUUAAACCCUUCCAGUGUGUAUACAAGGAGAGACCGCCUAGAUGUGAGAAACCAAAAGUUUGCAACCUGUGGCAUAAAUCAGGAGUUAGGUAUAUGCGAACCUGCCAAGAGUGUCCUGAUAUCUACCCCUGGACCGGAAGGACAGGAAUUGCAAACAGUCGAGUUGAUCCGCUUUAAAAUCUCAAUCCGUCCCGGAAAAAUCUGAACCAGACUGAUUUCAAUAUUUUGUCUGUUCCCAUCUUCUAAGACAGUUUUUAUUGUUAUUUUGUACUCUGUUCAGAAUUGUUUCUCAGGACCUAAAACUGAAAUAAUAAAAUUCCUUUGGGUCCCUAAUAAUGUAAAAAAAUGUUAGGACCUAGCCAUGCAUCUCUAAACUAAAGGAAUAAAAAGUGCCAAUCAUUUUUUAAGCCCUCUGUUUUGUCAGACCCUAGGUUUUCAGUGAUUUGUCGAAUCUGAAAAAUGUGAAAAAAUCGAUUUAUCAUCUUGCUGACCAGACAUUCACUGUAUAAGGAUGAUUAAUAAUUUUUUAACAAGAAUUCUUAAUCGAUAAUUUUCACAAAAUUAAGAAAAUCUUUGGUUUUCAAGUCAAUAUUGUUUAUUUAUGUUAUCAUAUAUAUAUAUGUACAGGGUGGUCUUGUAUUUAUACCCCUUUUCUAGUCUUUUAUUUAAUUUUGUCACGUAUGGUUGUUUAUUAUGUUUUGUGUUUCUGUAUUAUAUAUUUGUACCUGUCAAAACUUAAAUAAAUUCUUAUUUUUUU